CAUACGGGCAAGGGCAAUUCUUAAAAGGGUUGCAUUGGGAGCGAACUUGUUCGAGAACCAAUAUAAAUGGUUCGACUAAACCAAAACACAGAAAAUAUUCAAAAUAACUUUGAAGUUUUGUAUAUUUUACAAUGUUCGAGGGUGUGGCUACGAGUCUGUCGAACCAAGUUCGAGUAUCUGCGGGGUAGUUUAUUGAACUAACCGCUUUAUUUUAGUUUGAAUUUGAAUCUGUUACGAAGCAGACCUGCGGCACAUCAACAUUAUGUCCAGUAUAAUUCCCAACAACGCACUAUGGAAUGACUUUUUUAAUUGCUUUGAAAAUUUACCAUCUUUAUGGAAAUUAAGAGAUGAUAUGGUUUUUAAGGACAAGGAGUUAAAAAAACAAUCAUGGGAUAUACUUUUAGAAAAUUACAAAGCAAUCGAUCCAAAUGCAUCGUUGGAUGAUGUGAAGAAAAAAGUUCUUGGCAUUAAAUCGUGUUACAGAAGAGAACUGAAAAAAGUUCGUUCAAGUGAGAUACAUCAUGUACCAAGUUUAUGGUACUUUGAUCAGUUACAUUUUUUGGCAGACCAUGUGCAACAAACAAACGAAUUAUCACCCAUGGAAUUACUUUAUCAUAAUGAACUUUCAAGAGAAGAAAUAGAACCUCAAAGGAAAAAAAUUAAAAGUGAAACGUAUCUUGGAAGUGAAGAAAACGAACAUCUGCGGGUUGCUAUAGAAAAUGUAAUGGGUCCAAGAAAAGAAGAUGUACCCCAGGAUGAAGCAGAUAUUUAUGGUAAAAGUUGGGCAGCAUCUUAUCGAAAACUUUCAAAUUGGCAACAAAUUUGUGCGAAAAAGGCUAUCGAAGAUAUCUUAAUUUUGGGUCAGUUAGAUCAACUAACGCUUAAUAUGGUACAACAGCCAGCACCAUGUCAAGCAACAGCAUCAAUAUCGACACCAAUUUUUAAAAGAUCUCCUUAUUCAGAUGAUGAAAAUGAUUGAUUAUUUUAUUAAUCUUUUUGAUACCUACAUACAUUU